AAAUGCUGGCAAACCACAAAGUAAUCAUAUUAUGUAUUAUGAAAUAGAUUUCAGGGUAGCAUUGUUGGAAUAUAUUAAGGAAUUAUCACCAUAGUAAGCUAAAAUAAUAGGGCGAGGGAGUUUGCGCAACGCGCUGCUCGGAUGGUCUGCCUUGUACGUGCCAGGCUGCCAGCCUCGGCCGUUGGCGCGAAAACUGUGGGAAAGACAGGGACAGUUCAGGAAGUCUCAGGCUGUUUUGGAGCCUUUCGUGGCUGUGCUAGCAAAUAGCAGGAAGAGCGUAUCCUGCUACUGUAUGGGCUGGAUCAACCUCAACUUGUAACUGGUGGUAGCUACUCCAUCCAUUAAUUCUUUCCCUCUGUUGAGACAACUUAAAUAACUGCACCAGAAGAAUUAAGCACAGAUGAUGAGAGUCACCACCAUAUAUCUGAUUUGGCACUUGAAGAAGGAUUAGCUUUAUGGGCAUCAAAAAAUAACAUUACACGCCAGGCAGCAAAUGAAUUAUUGGAGCUGUUGAGGAAUAAUGGGCAUAAUCUACCUAAAGAUUCACGCACUUUGAUGGAAACUCCAAGGUAUGUAGAGGUAUUAGAAAAAUGUGGAGGACACUAUUAUUAUUUUGGGAUUGGUUCAUGUUUGCAAAAUAUAUUGAAGACUCAUCCAGCAUUUGUAAAAGAAAAUGAUUCGGUUAAACUCAGUGUAAACAUAGAUGGUAUUCCUUUGCAUAAAUCAAGCAAUGAACAGUUCUGGCCUAUACUGAUAAAGUUCAGCUGCUUUAAGCCAGCAUUAGUUGCUCUGUAUUGUGGAAAGACUAAACCAGAUUCUAUUGACAGUUUUUUGGAAGAUUUUCUUCAAGAAUAUAAGCAACUUUCUGAAAAUGGUUUAGUUUUUGAAGGGAAAAGACUGGCAGUAAGAAUAGUUGCAUUUAUUUGUGAUGCACCUGCACGCUCAUUUAUCAAAUGCAUAAAAGGGCACAAUGGGUAUUACUCAUGUGAGGGAUGUGAAAUUAAAGGAACCUGGCAAUCACAUGUUCUUGUAUUAGACUCUGCACAACCCUGUAAUGAAAGAUCUGAUGAGAAAUUCAAUCAGGAACAGUACAGGGAUUCUCAUCAGUUAGGAAAAAGUCCUUUGAUUCAGUAUGGAAUAUCUUGCGUGAAAGGGUUUCCACUGGAUUACAUGCAUAUGAUUUGCCUUGGUGUUACCAGAAGAAUGCUACUUUUCCUCAUAAGAGGUUCUAAGAAAUGCAAACUCUCUCAGCUUCAAAUAAGUUUAAUUUCUUCUUCUUUAGAGAGUCUUUCCAACAAACUACCAAGUGAAUUUGCUAGACAGCCACGAUCACUAGCCGUAAUUGAUCGCUGGAAGGCCACCGAAUUUAGACAGUAUAUAUUAUACACAAGUAUUGUUGUCCUGAAAGAUGUUGUUCCUGAUAUUAUAUACAAAAACAGUCUUUUGCUUACUGUGUCCUUAUCAGUUUUAUUGAAUUCCAAUGAUGAAAUACGAAAUUCUUACUUACCAUAUGCAAGAGAAUUACUUAAGUGUUUUGUACAACAGUGUCGAGAUAUAUAUGGUCAAAGUUUUAUUGUAUAUAAUGUUCAUAAUCUUCUUCACUUGGUAGAUGAUGUAGAGAAUUACCAGUGUUCCCUUAAUGACAUUUGUGCUUUCCCAUACGAGAAUGAACUUCACAAAAUAAAGCAGUUAGUGAGGUCAUCAAACAAUCCAGUUUCUCAAGUUUUCAAAAGACUUGCAGAAAAGAAAAUGUUUAAUGAAUCAAAAGUGACAGAAGCUAAUCACAGAAUAUAUAUAUCUACAAAAUACAAAAAUAAUUGUUUCAUGUUAAAAAAAGAAGAUUUUGUGUUCCUUAGGAAACUAAAAAAUGAUGUCUACUAUGAAUGUGAUGUUCUUCGUCAAAGCCAAACUGAAAUUUUUUUUACUGAACCAUGCAAUUCUAAACUCAUUAACAUUGUGUUUAUGAAAAAUAAGAGUAAUUUAAAAAAGAAAGUAAUUCACUUAGAGCAGCUGCAUAGAAAGGUGAUAAAAUUGCCAUACAAAGAUGGUGUUGUUUUAGUACCAGUUGCACAUGACAUUUCCAGUUAGGUGGGCAGUUGUACAUGGUGUAUUCUCAUGACUGAUAUGUGUUUACUAAAGAGAAGUUAAGCAAAACGUUUCAGAUCUGCAGGAUUUUAGUCUUCAUACACAAGUUGUAUUUGUUAUGUAUCUCUCUUAUGGCCAUUGUUCUUUAUCUCAAAACUGUUCAUCUACUCGUACAUCUUCACUCUCCUCUUCGUCUCCCUUGUGCCUUGUGUGCCAGUACAGCCCGGAGUGCUGCUCUUCGGCUUAUGAAGAGGAUUUUGUCAGGUUGAGACAUGGAAUGUGGAAACGAGCAGUUUGGUUGGAGGGUAAGAAAGAAGAAGAGGGUGUGGUGCCAUCCAGCUGGGUAUUAGAAGAGAACCAAACCUUGUUUUGGCCACAAGGAGUUAAUGCUGAGAAUGCCCUUCAUAAUCAGCAAGAACCAGACCCUGCAUCAUGGAGAAAGUUUAUGUUGAAAAAAGUGAAGAUCACUUCUGAUAGUUUUCAAGAAUGCGAUACCUACCAUCUGACAUCUACGGUGGAGAGUUCUGAGAGCAACAGUGAUCCUGAUGAAGGUCUACUCAUGAGAAAAAGGAGAAAACGUUGUAAGAAAAAUCUGCCUGAUGACUUUGUCAGCAGUGAAAACUUACAUGCUGUCCACAUGAAGCCAGCCUCACAGAAGCCACAGGUCACAACCUCUCAAGAUAAGGUAGCUUCUGCUCCUUCACAGGUUGUACUUCCAACACCUCCUCCUAAGGUGUCUUUGGAUAUGCGGUCCACCAGAACCCAUGGGAUGAUGGAGUGCAGUGCAACAAAAGAUUCGGUAUCCAGCAAGACAUCCAAGUCAUCUGACAACAGUGAUGGCAGUGGCCAGCAUGACAGGAGACAUCAUGACACGCCUUACCAAAAAAGAAACCAUGAUCGAGGUGACAAUCUUGACCACCAUGACAGGAGACACCAUGACACACCUCACCGAAGAAGAAGCCAUGACCAAGGUGACAGUCCCGACCACCAUGACACACCUCACCGAAGAGGAAGCCAUGACCAAGGUGACAGGAGACACCAUGACACACCUCACCGAAGAGGAAGCCAUGACCAAGGUGACAGGAGACACCAUGACACACCUCACCGAAGAAGAAGCCAUGACCAAGGUGACAGGAGACAUCAUGACACACCUUACCGAAGAAGAAGCCAUGACCAAGGUGACAGUCCCAACCACCUAUCUUACUAUAGUGACAGUCCCGACCAGCAUGACAAGAGGCACCAUGACACAUCUUACCGAAGAAGAAGCCAUGACCAAGGUGACAGUCCCGACCACCUAUCUUACUAUAGUGACAGUCCCGACCAGCAUGACAAGAGGCACCAUGACACACUUUACCGAAGAAGAAGCCAUGACCAAGGUGACAGGAGACAGCUUGACACACCUGACCGAAGUGAUAGCCCUGGCCAGCAGGAGAGGAGAUAUGAAAAACACUAUCAAAAUAGAAGUCAUGACCACUAUGACUGGGACAAUAGACGUGAUAGACACAACCAGAGAGACAACAAGAGCAUGUGUGACCCUUGUAAUGACAAUCAAAAGAAUCACAAAGGUAGCCAGGAAGAUGCUGAAUCCAGCUUCCCUCUAACUAAAUUUCAGAAGCGAGUGUUACAACUUCUGCUGGACAUCAGGAAAACUGUUUCGGAUACGAGCACAUGUGGUGGUAAACCAGCUGACACAGCUUGUACUCUUACAAUCAAACGGAAUAAUUCCCUGGAAGAAGUGCAGAAUCUAGAGGAUGAAUUGGUUAAUCCCAGUUAUUUCAUGUAAGUGUGCAACCAGUGCGUCCGCAUAGGUGGCUAUAAUAAGAGAGAUAUGGUCUCUAAUUUGAUGUGCAGGUUUAUGACCAAAAACCUCAUGUGUCAGUAUAACAUGCUUGGGCAGAGAGGCAAGUUGUCUUUUAGAAAAACAAAGUUAUACAAUGUGAUUCAGGAGAGCGUGCUUAAAAAGUUCUCAGAUUCAAAUGUGACAGAAAUACAAAUGAUAGUUGCAGCAAAAUUGCGUAAUGCUCCAAAAUUGAAAAAUGAAAAUUAGCUGAUGUAAAAUGGUACUUACAAUCAGUUAAGAUCUGCAAGAAUGUUAAAACAAACCAAUCUUUGUCUCAUGCAUGACCUUGGUGAAGUAAAGUAUUUUCAUACCAAGAUGAACUGCAAUAGCGCAGUGAAAAAUCUAGUCAUACCCACUGCCACCAGGAGUCUAACCCGGGUCUCUUGAGUGAGAGCCAGACAGCAAGACCACUACACCACUGUGGUGUAGGGGUCUUGCUGCCUGGCUCUCACUCAAGAGACCCGGGUUCGACUUCUGGUGGCAGUGGGUAUGACUAGAUAAAGUAUUUUCAUUUUGUAUGUUACUAAAAAAAUGCUGGUAAAUUUAUCUCAUGACUGAUUGUACACAGAUGACCUUAUAUAUUGUAACUAUGUGUACAUUUCCCUUCCUCCCCCCUCUCUCUCUCUCUCUUAAAGAAGCUCUUUUUCUAUCAGAAUGACAAAAUUUAUUGAUGUGUAAACAGUAUAAGGGGGGAUGUUAGAGAAGCUUAAGAAUGAGAGAACCAGGACCGCCGAGAACCGAACCUCAGACAAGCUGUUCCCGCCACCACGCUAACCUGGUCCUGGUUCUUUCAACUUGUCGUUAUGGGAUUCAAGCUUAAGAAUGGUUUUAAGAUGUGGAGAGAGACUUACUGCUGUAAAAUUUGAACCGAUUGGGAUAUUACCUCAUGAUAUUUAUGUGAGAUGAUAUUAAUGAUCUCAGAUUAUAAAAGCAAACUAGUAUUAUUAACAGUGAUUUAUUUUGUAAUUUAGUAAUAGAUAUAACAUUUUAAUUUAUAAUUUUGCUUUUGCCUACCACUUAGGUUCCCAUGUAUUUUUACGUAAAUGAAAAAGUAUGGAGCUACACAAGUAUCAAUUCACAAAAUGCUUAAUUUCAUUGACAACUGUGGUCUGUAUUGUUUUAAGCAUAUUGUGUACUUGUGGCAGGCCUGGUAUUCUUUGCAUAUAUUCCCCCUGGGGCUACAUAGAUACUAGAAUGUAGCCCUCUCCAUGUCGGCUGUGUGCCGUAAGAGGCGACUGAUUCUGGCCCUGGGUGGGGAUCUCUUUUACUAGCCCAUAGCAGGUCUUUUUACCGCUUGACAUAUUUUCCCUUCUCAUUUCCCUUUGCUUUCUGUCCAUUUUCUUUUACGUUCUCUUACUUUUCCGAGUGGUGGGCUGACUCUUUGUCAGAGUGAGGGUUGGUGUCCUUUACUUCCCAUAGCCAUUUCUGUCUUUCUCUUGUUCUAUAUACCUCUACUGUUUAGGGUGACACUAGGCUGGGGAUCUGCCCAUUCUUCUCUACCUUUUAUAGUCCCACUUGUGGCACAUGCCCAGGGAUAAUGCUAGGCACAAGUGCCAUGGGAACCCAUUUAUUGAGUCGUGGCCCGGGAUGGCGGAUGGUCACCCUCACAGUUCAAGGGUGGUUUCUGCUGUUCUGGACCAUGGCAUGGGGAGGUAAUGCAUAGGAGCAGGUGUCAGGCUAUGGAUGGAUUGUGGCUAAACAAAGUUUUAAUUUUUUGUAUUACUGGGAUCAUCCAUUUAUAUAUUGCAGUUAUUCUUCAUUCAAGUCAGAUAUCUUGAAAGCCUUUAUAUAUAAAAAUGCAAGCACUAACUUUUUUUUUUUUUUCAUAAAAUAUGGAAAUUAUUUUGGUUUUGAUAUUUUUACAAGGAUGAAGAUUAUUAAAUUUAUGAAAAAGUGUAAGACUGAAGAAUAUAUAUAUACACACUUUCUGUA